AAAAGUAUAUUUUUUGUUACUUAAAGAUAUCUUUUAAAUGGAAUAUUACUAUUUUGUGAACUUUCCUUUUUUUAUGAAAUAAUAUUAUAUAUACAUAUAUUUUUUCGUUUUUAAAUUAUUUUUAAAACUUUAUAAAUGUUUCCUUUUUAUUUAUAUUGUUAUUUGGAAAAUUUUAAAAAGUAAAAAAUAAUAUUUAAAUGUAUUUUUUAAUUUUAUUAGGGGUAUCGUAGUAAUCAACCACCGUGAGAGUUAACGUGAACGUGACACGUAGGAAAGUGACUCCUCAAAUAAUAUUAUAGAGAUAAGGGAAAUUGAAAGCUCCGAAAUGACAAGGAACCAUUCCAAGAUACGAUAGUGUUUAACAUCUUGGAAUGUGACAUGUAUAUAAAUGCUUGUGCUUCUUCAUAUAGUUUUCCAUGUAGAUUGCAAAUCCAAUUUUUUUCUUUCAUGGUAUGAGGAAUUUUAGAUCAUCAGUUCUUGUGGUGCUAAGUCUGAUCAUAGUUUCCAAUGUCGCACGGGCUAGUGCUGAGACUAAGAUUCAUAUAGUGUAUCUGGGUGAGAAGCAGCAUGAUGAUCCCAAGCUUGUCACAGAAUCCCAUCACCAGAUGUUGUCGUCACUUCUUGGAAGUAAAGAGGAUGCGCAUGACUCAAUGGUGUAUAGUUACCGGCAUGGAUUCUCAGGGUUUGCAGCAAGGCUCACCAAGUCCCAAGCCAAGAAGAUUUCUUAUUCACCGGAAGUUGUUCAUGUCAUGCCGGAUAGUUACUAUGAACUCGCGACAACUCGAACUUGGGACUACUUAGGCCUGGGUACUGCAAAUCCGAAGAAUCUCCUAAAUAAUACAAACAUGGGUGACCAAGUUAUCAUUGGCGUUGUUGACACAGGAGUGUGGCCUGAGUCUGAAUCAUUUAAUGACGAUGGAGUUGGACCAAUACCGAGCCAUUGGAAAGGAGGAUGUAUACCAGGAGAAAAUUUCAAAUUAACUAAUUGCAACAAAAAACUCAUAGGAGCCAAGUAUUAUAUCAAUGGAUUUCAAUCCGAAAUUGAUGGAUUCAACUUCACAGAAUCACCUGACUACAGUUCUGCUAGAGACUUCGUUGGCCAUGGAACGCAUGUAGCCUCUACUGCAGGUGGUUCAUACAUUCCUGACGUAAGCUACAAGGGACUCGCUAGAGGAACCAUGAGAGGUGGUGCACCUCGUGCUCGCAUAGCGAUGUACAAGGCUUGUUGGUAUCUAGAAGAACUAGGCGGAGUGACUUGUUCAUCUUCUGACAUCUUGAAAGCAAUUGACGAUGCUAUUCAUGAUGGUGUUGAUGUCUUGUCACUCUCUCUAGGUAGUCGAAUUCCUCUGAAUUCCGAAACCGAUCUGCCUGAUGCGAUUGCUAUUGGAUCAUUCCAUGCAGUUGCAAAAGGUAUUACAGUUGUUUGUGCUGGUGGUAACGCUGGCCCAUCAGCUCAGACCAUUGCAAACACGGCUCCUUGGAUAUUAACAGUGGCUGCAACCACUCUAGACCGGUCAUUCGCCACACCUAUUAUACUUGGGAACAAGAAAGUGAUAUUGGGUCAAGCAAUGUACACAGCCCCAAAUCUUGGUUUCACUAGUUUGGUUUACCCAGAGGAUCCAGGGAACAGUAAUGAGACAUUUAACGGUGACUGUGAGUCCCUUAAUUUUAUCCCCAUCCGUGCAAUGGCUGGGAAAGUUGUGCUGUGUUUCACAAUAUCAAGACGUUACACUACUCUAUCGGGAGAUGCAUCUUUUGUGAAAAGAGCAGGCGGUCUUGGCCUGAUCAUCGCAAGAACCCCAGGGUACACUGUAAGUCCAUGUAAAGAUGAUUUCCCGUGUGUGGCCGUUGACUACGAGCUUGGCACAGAUAUCCUUUUCUACAUACGUUCCACUAGAUCCCCUGUCGUGAAGAUACAACGUUCUAGAACAAUCGUAGGACAGCCUGUAGGGAUAAAGGUGGCAACUUUCUCAUCAAGAGGACCUAACACCAUUUCCCCAGCGAUUCUAAAACCAGACAUAGCAGCACCAGGAGUGAACAUAUUGGCUGCUACAUCUCCCAAUGUCACCAACAAUGCUGGAGGAUUUGCUAUGUAUUCAGGAACAUCGAUGGCAGCUCCAGUUAUUUCAGGAGUGGUUGCACUUCUCAAAGCUUUGCAUCCUAAUUGGUCCCCUGCGGCUUUACGAUCAGCUAUUGUCACUACAGCUUGGAGAACAGAUCCGUCUGGAGAGCAGUUACCUGCAGAAGGGUCAUCUCGCAAAGCAGCUGACCCGUUUGAUUACGGUGGAGGCCUUGUGAACCCAGAGAAAGCUGCAGAACCAGGUCUCAUAUACGACAUGGGCCCAAAAGACUACAUUCUCUACUUGUGCUCGGCCGGUUACAACGACUCAUCUAUCUCUCAGCUUGUCGGAAAAGUAACAGUCUGUUCAAACCCUAAACCUUCUGUUCUCGAUAUGAACUUGCCUUCAAUCACAAUUCCAAACCUCAAAGAAAAAGUUACCCUCACCAGAACAGUCACUAACGUUGGGCCAGUUAAUUCUGUCUACAAAGUCGUGGUCGAGCCUCCGCUUGGGGUUAGAGUGGUUGUGACGCCGAAGAAACUAGUGUUUAACUCCAAAACCAAAAGGGUCUCCUUCAAGGUACGAGCAUCGACCACGCACAAAAUCAACACUGGGUACUACUUUGGAAGCUUGAUUUGGACUGACAAUGUGCAUAACGUGACUAUUCCUGUGUCUGUGAGAACACAGAUUCUGCAAAACUACUUCGAUGAGAACUGAUGAUUUAUUAUGUGUUUGCAAAAACAAAGCUUUAACUAGGUGAUAACCCGCGCCAUGCGCGGAGUGAAUAAAUUUAAGAGUUUAGUAAUUUGAAGUAAUCUAUAUUAUAAAGGUACACUACAAAAAAAUAGUAAAUAUUCAAAAAUAAAAUGUUAGUCAAAAUUACACGUUUCACUAACAAAUUAAUUUUUUUUUUUAAACUUGUUUAUAUUUUAGAUUAUUUCUCCUAUAAGUAAUGGAAGAGAGUCAAUAAGAGUGAUAAGAGUAAACAAAAAACUAAUAUAAAUCAAUUAUGAAUUAAAGAUAGAAAGCAACAUAAGCAAUAAUAAUAAAACCCUGCAGAAUCAAAAUAUAAUUUAAAAAAAAAAUUGAGGAAACAUGACUGUUGUGAUUGUUUGAAUGCAGUGUGGUAAAGUAGUAUUGAGAAGGAGAUAAUUGUGAGAAUAUAGCUACGAGGCCAAGUAUAUAUAUAUGCAAGGUGCCUAGGUCUAGAAUAAACUCGACGCAAUUAAUAGCCACAUUAAAAUCAUUAUUAUUCAAAAUCGAUAUCACAAUAUAUUUGUUGCAAGGUUCCGAAAAUUACACGAUAUGUAUGUUGUAUUUUAGGAAACAAACCUGGUACAUGGAUUCUAAAUUAAUAUUUGAAAGCAAUCAGUGAUUAUGUCACAUGUGUCUUUCGAAAUUUAAGUCACUUAGAUUUUUAGUUUCCAUUUUUUUUGUAUGAUUCUACUACUAUGGUUUCCUAAUACCAUAAAAGCAUUUUAUUUGAUACAAAUAUAAACAAAUUAUAGUCAUUUACGCAUUUAGAUUCCUAAUGUGUGAUACAUUGAGGAGAUUACCAAUUAAAAACCACCGAGUAAUCCGUGAUUUACAGAGGAUUUGAUGUAUUUUAAAUAAAUUUAGUGUAUCAAUAGAAUAAUUAAGGGAAUCACCCCCAUAUUGCAGGUUUCAACUAUAACUACAAUUAUAAAUUAUAAAUGACAUAAUCAACGUAUGAAGAUCACGUAAAUCAUGUGGGUUGUGAUGGAAGUAAAUCGUGAUUGAGAAUUCAUAUUUGAUGUUUUAGGAAAAUACAUCAAGCGAAUCAAUGUCCAAAUUAUUGUGUUUGAUUUUUUUCAUAUAUUUAAUAUAUUUCUACAUGCGUAAUACACAAAUAGACAUAGUGUAUUAUAUGGUUUUUAAUAUUUCUAUAUUUUUAUAUAUGCGUAAUACACAAAUCGACAUAGUCUAUUUUGUCUUAACCCAAAAUUUUAUAUGGAUUCUUAUCAAAUAAAUUAACAUCAAACUUGACUAACUUAAAACCAGUUCAAACGAUCACUUCAAUUUAGAUUAUAGUUUUCAAUAUUAUAUAAAGUAAAGUGAUCGUUUGAUGUUAUCAAGCCAAAUAUAUUUAAUUGUAUUUUCCCCUAAAUAUAUAAAAUAUAAUAUGAUUCGAAGUCUCAGAUCUUUUUGAUUUAAUAAGAUAGAUGUCGAAUGCUACAUGAUUAAUAUAAAUGUAUAUAGACUUUUAAACCUUCGAUGAGUAAAUCAAAUGUUACAUUUGCUAUAUUCCGUGUAAUAAAACAUGGAAAAUAUUAAUGCGCAAACAUAAAUCGUACACAUUUUAUAUUGUAAUGACCAAUGGCAUAUGUUGUAAUAAAUCUAGUUAACCAAGGGUUUUUGAAUAUAGGUUGUGAGAGUGUUUGUGAGACUGACACGUAGGAAAUGACACUCUUGUAAAUCACACAUGAACUAAAGGUUAUUUAUUUUUAAUGCUUCUCAAAUAAUAUAUAAGAGAAAAUCAAAGUUGAUUUGGGGAUAUUAUUCUGUUCUCUUAUCCUUCUAUAAACAAAUAAAUUUGCUUAAAUUUUAAUUUUUCUUUUUCUACGAGAAACAUAUUAGCCUUCAUCAAACACAGUGACAACACCAUAGUCUAGAUACAUUCUGGAUUACCCUUGUUGAGCGCUUGAAACUCUUUUGACUCACAACUUCCUUACUUCCAAAUAAUAAUAGGACAAAUUAAAAAAAAAAAUUAAUGUGUCUAUUGAAUAUUCAUCCCAUCUAUUAAAAAUUAUUUUGUCAAUUCUCGAUUAGUAGUUCUUGUUUAAAUGUAGGAAAAAUUGGCAAAUUGGGCAAAUCGCAAGUUUGAUAUUAGGGAGUUGGGACACCUCAAGUUUAAAUUAGCAAAUUGGGUAAAUCGUCUUUUCGAGAAGUGUGAAAUAUCGACAGAGGGCGCGCGUGGUUCUUGAUAUUACGACUGUGCCACCACUUAUUUUUUUAUUUAAAAAAUAAAAAAAAGACCUAAUAAAAGCAAAAAAAA